GGAGCCAUGCCUACAUUUUCUACGUAUUGCUUAUAUAUCACUUAUUUUCUCUCAUUUUCUUUGCAUGCGUCCUUUGUCCAUAUUUGUAUGUUUUUUUCCUAUUUAACAAACUGUGUCACCACUCAUUGCACAUAUAGCAGUUUUUUUAUGAAUAGAUACAACGACACAUGCAUAGAAACUUAUUAGCGUGUAUUUAUAUACGUACGUGGAUGUAUGGUAUGCAAGUAAUGUAUGUUCAUACGAGCUUACGUUAUGUCGAGUUGUUGAAACGUAUGUGCGAGGGCAAAAGGCACUAUCAUUUAACACCAGCUUGACAAAAAACGACGUCGGUAGCGUGUAUUAUUGCGUUAUGAGUGUUAUAUUAUAAUAGUUUAAAAUUAUAGAGCCUUUUAAUAAAUCUUUAGAUAAUUGGAGUAAAUAGUGCGAAGUGUUUAAUGAGUGACUGGAAGAAUUUAAAUCGCGAGAAGCGAAACGACGAAGACUCUUCACAGAUUUUGAGGAUAAUUGAAUUGCAAACUGGAUCGUGUACCUAAAUAUCAACAAAAACAUAAUAGAUAUGUGUGAACAAACAGAAAUAAAUUAUUUAGAUGGGGAUGUCGUUUGGGUAAAAUUAGGAUCAUAUUGGUGGCCAGGGCAAGUUAUUGGUAUAGAAAAAUUACCUGAAGACAUUCAAAUAGAAUUUAAGAAGAAACCAAUAAUUGCUGCUGUAAAAUUUUUUCAAGAAGAUUCAUUUGAAUUUGUGAAAAAUUAUCAGCAAAUUUAUAAAUAUAAUUGUAGACAAAAAGAAGAAUUUAUUAGAAAAGGUCUAGAUAAAUAUAGAGUAAAAAGUAAAGAUGGUUUUAAUUAUAUGGAUAAAUUUCCUGAAGAUGUCAAGACUGCUGAAAUAUUGACAAAUGGGGAUCCAUAUAUUUUAUUAAAUAAAAAAUUCAAUCCUGAAGAAAAACCUGAUAUAUCAGGAUUAUUCGGAGAAAAGAAAAUUGUUAAGAAGAAACGUAAUCGUGAAGAUCUUAUAAAAAAAAUAAAUAACGAUAUACCACCACGUGUUACUCAUCCUCGAUUUUUACAAGAAAAUGAUCAUGAAGUUCGUAUUAGACAACAACCUAAAACUCUGCCAUUAUCUUCUAGCACUUAUUCCUCAGCACGAAUUUAUCCUUGUCAUGUAUGUGGAUUUACUGCAACUCGUGUUAAUGUAAUAAUUUGUCAUCUAAAAAAUCAUAGACUUAAUAAGGAAACAGAAGGAAUAUCAAAGUCAAAGUUAAAAAGUGGUAUGCAUUUAAAACAAAAACACACAAAUUUAAAUUUACCAAAAAGGAAAUAUAUACGAAAAUUAGUAAGUUGUAAAAUUAAAAAUGAUAAUGUUUUGAAAUUGGGUAAGCGAAAGUAUUGUAAACAAAUUGAAAAACCAAUUAAGAAAAAGAAAUCUGAUCCAGAGCUACGCGAAAAAUUGCUUGCUGAUUGGAAUGUAGAUACUGAUGAAGAUGAAUCUUCAUAUUUUGAUAAAUCAACGAAUGAUAGUUCUGUAGAUUUAUCCAAUAAUAAAUUAUCUUAUUUAGAAAGUACCGAUGAAGCUCAUAUUCUAAAGAUGAAGUCUCUUAAAUAUAAUUCUGACAGUAUAAUACUUUUACAAGCAUCUAAUAAAAUACUUCAUGAAACAGAUAACCUUACCAAUCUUUCUAUGCUGGAAGAAGAUAAGCGGAACCUUGACAAAAUUAAUAUAGAACAAACUGACAUGGAAAAAACUAAAGAAGAUAUUCAUAUUAAUAAUAUUAUCAUUGAAAAAUCUUUUUUAAAAGAUGAUAAGAAAUCAAGAUUAUCUUGUUUCGAUUUUGAUGAAGAUGAUGUACCUGAACCAAGUAUUUCAUCUGUAAGAAAAAUUCCUCGAAGUUUAGGAAGUAAAAAUAUGUCAAUAAAAAAAGAGAUUAUUAAAGAAUUUCAAAUGAGUCAAGCUUUAUUAACUGAUGAAGAAAUUCUUUUUAAAAAUAAUGAAAUUAAUGAAGUAAAUAAAAAAAUUAAUAAAUUUGCAAUGGAAAUAAAAAACAUUUCGAAACCUAAUCUUCAAGAAGAUAUAGAAUUGAAGAUUACAAAUGAAGAAACUUUUGAUAUCAAAGUAGAAAAAACAAAAUACAUGACUGAUUUACCAGUUAAUUAUAAAUUUGAAAAUCAAAAUAAUCCUCAAAUGGAAAUUUUACCUACUGAAUCUACUUUGCAUGAUAUAUUAAAAGUUGAUAAUAAAAAUACUAUAAUUAAAGAUAAUAUAAACUUUGCUAUUAAAAAGCGGCGUGGACGACCUAAAAAAAAAAAGGCAAUUAUUGAAGAUGUGAGCGAUGAUGAGUAUUUAAAAUCAGAUAAUUUAAAAAAAAAAAGUCCAAUUAAAAAAAUAUCAAAUACAGAUUCAGAUUGUUCUUAUGAUAUCAGAAAACAAAAAUCCAACCAAAAAAACGAAUCUUUAUAUUUACCAAAAUCUGAUUAUAGACUAUCUAAAAAUAAUGAAAAUUUAAACGAUCAUUUCCAUAAAGCUUCUGAUGACAAAAAAAAUAUUAAAAAUGAUAUUAGUAUAGAGAGUAAUAAAACACAAAAUGAAAGUUCAUUAAAACUUGUUAAAACUUGCCAAAAUAAUGAAGUUAAUACUGGUUUAAAUAAAGAAAUUAAUAAGGAAGUCUUAGUAAAAUGUAAAGAAAUAUCUACAAAUGUGAAAAAUAAAUUAGUACUAACAAAAUCAGUCCCUGAAGAAUCAAGCAAUUCAAUUCAUUAUAUGAAAAAUUUUUCAAUUACAGAUAAUUUUAAUAAUGUGGAAGUUGCAGUAACAGAUAGUAGUAAAAUAGAAGAGAAAUCUAAAGAAAAAGAUCCAUUUAUAAAUGAUAAAAAUAUUAUUAUACCAUUAAACAAUAAAUCCUUAAAUAAUAAGAAUAAUAACUUAAUAAUGACAACAGCAAAUUUAGCAGUCAAUGAAGAUAAUAAAAAAAUUGAUGUUCCAAUUAAUUCAAUAUUAACGACAUUGUCAUCAACACUAGAUAUGAAAAAUACUGUUCCAGUGAAGAAAAGGGAAAAACCCAGAAUUAUUGAAAAUGUCGCAUUGAAAGAACCGAUGAUUUUGAAGACAAAAUUAAUGGAUAAGCACAUUGGAAAAAUUGGAAAACAUAAAUUAGAAAGUGAAAACAUUAUAAUAGAUGAAUUAAAAAAGAUUUCUAAAGCAAAACUUAUGAAAAUGGAAACUGUGAUAUCUAAUAGUAAAAGUAAAUUUCAUACUAUAAGUAAUACAAAUAUUAGAAAUCAACAAAUAAUUGCUGCAUUACCACAAACGGUAUCACGUAUACCAUAUACUGAAAAGUAUAUUCAACAAAGUUCUCAAAGUCUCGUUGAUAUGGAUUUGGAUAUUAACUCCAUGCCUUUUGUUUUAAGUGAAGAUGUAUUAACUCCAGAGAGUAUUGAACAAAUGCCUGUAUUAAUAUCUUCUGUUUUGCCUGCUAAAGUUCCAAUCACUACUUUAUCAACAACUUUAAUUACAUCAAAAGAAACUUAUAGUGCAAAUCAAUCAUUUGAUUCAGUAAAGGAUAGAAGUGAAAUAUGUUCAAAAAAAAAAACUGGCAUGCCAACAAUUUUGAAAAAUAAAAAUAAAGUAAAACCAACUAUUACAAGUAUUAAAACUAUUGUACCACCUUUAUCUAAUACAACGUAUAAAGGGAAUUUCAAAUUGAAUACACAAGCUUUAACUUCAUUAGAUAAUAACAAAAUUCCUGGAAAAUACGUUAUUGUUCAGACCUCAGGUCAUCAACAAGCUUAUAGUACACAUCCAAAAGUAUCAAUACCUACUAGCAAAGGCUCAGGAAAUGCUCAAAUAGUUCAACAGGGUAGUAAAGUAGUAAUUUUAACAUCUUCACAAUCUGGUCAAUCAGGACAAAAAGUGCUUCCCUUAAAUUCUAUUUCAAAGGCAUUAAACACUGGAAAUGUACAGCGAAUUAUAACCUCAAAACAAGGUCCAGAGAUGUAUAAUUCAAUUAGUUCAAAGAAUUUUAUAAGUUGUAAAAAUAUUUCAGCAUCAAGUAGUGAUUUAAAUUCUUCAAUGUCAUCAAAACUGGCAGGUCAGAAAAUAUUGGGUCAACAACAAAUAGUAUCAUCAAAGACUAUUUUAACUCAACUGCCUGGAGCGAUUACAAAAUCAACUAUUCUCGGAACAUUACCUCAAGGUAUUCUUACAAAAGAAGGUAUUUUUACACCAAUAAAUACUUCAACUUUAGGAGGAAAAACUAUCAUUAGUUCCAAAACUCUGGUCACAAAAGGCUUUCCUCAUCAAAGUAUUAAUACACAAAAAAAUUCUUUAACUCAAUCACUCUCUAAUAAAGCAAUUAUAAAUUCACAAGGAAUUGUUUCGAAAGGAACUAUUUUAACUCCUAUAACUGGAUCACAAGUAAAGGCACUUGCUGCAAAAAAUAUAAAAGGAAAUAAAUUACAAUAUCAAAUAGAUCAACAUAAAGUACAAUUAGGUGGAAUUCAAAAACAUUCAAAUGUUCCUAUUUCCUCAUCUCUUGUUCGUAGUACAAAUUUUAAAACAUCAAGCAGUGUUAUGGUAUUGCAAAAAGCAGACUUAAAAACUAUCACAUCAAAUAAAAAACACAUUAAACAAACUGUUCAAAAACAAAUAUCUGAAACAACAGUUUUAACACCGCCUACUAUUAUGAGUAUACAACAAAAAAGCAAAGGAUCUACAGAUCUUGAACAAAAGAUUAUUAGCUCAAAAAAUAUAAAUCAUUCAAUAAAUCUACAACAAAAAAUAAUUGCUGAAAAAGAUCAAGAUACAAAGUUAAAUUCAGUAGUUAAUAAUGAAGCAUUAGCACUUAAAACAAUUUUUGAGCAAAAGAAGCAAGUAGCAUCUACACUAAUUUCAAAAUCUAAUAAAGGUACAAAUAAAGUGUUUCAUAAAAAAAUUUCGAAUCUAGCCAAUUCUGUAACAUUAUCUUCAAAUGCAAAUGCUAACCUUUCCAUGACUAUACCAUUUUUAGAACCAAUUAAUCAUGAAAAAGUACCAAAGAAAGAAGACAUCUUGGAACAAAUUUCUUCAAAAAAAGAAACAGUUGCUACAAGCCGUUUACAGAUGGAUGGAGCAAUAGAGUCAACAAUUAGUGUGCAAUCUCAAAUUAUGGCAUUACCAACAGAAAAUAGUGAUGGUACACAAACUUAUGUCUUAGUAACAGUUGAUGAGCAAGGUCAUAUUGUUCCAUUAGAUAACAAUGCGUUAAUGUCAUUAGAAGGAACAUCAAAUUUAGAUGAAAAUAGGACAUUGUAUAUAGACUCAAGUUCAUUGACUGAAUCUGGAAAUAUAGAUAAUAUUAUUUUACAAAUUGAUAAUGGUUCCCUUUCAAAUAUCCAAACUACAAAUGUACCAGAACCAGUUCCAUCAACAGUAAUAGAAGCAUUACCAUCUAUACAAAGUACACAGACUACUAAUCAAGACAUUUUAGCAGCUGCAUUAGCCAAUACAGAUUUUCAACAGGAAAUUGGUGUACUUGAUUGUUCACCAUCCACUACAAUAACAAAUCUUACUCAAACUAGUUUGAUUAAUCAAACAAUAUUACAGUCAACUAUAAUACCACCUACAGAACCAAUAUCUUCCCCUUUAGUACUUGAGACCUCAUUAACUUUGAAUCAACCUAUAAUGACACCAUUAGAAAUUCCAAGUACUUUAUCUAUUCAGUCAGAGUUGACACCUGUUACUUCUAUAACAACUGUACCAACUUCUUUGGCAUUACCAGUCACUGAAAAUAACCAAAAUAUAUCUUAUAUUAUUGCUGAACAGCCAUUAUUACAAAUUUCAGAAAAGCCUAAGGAAACUAAGUUAUUAAAUGAAAGAGUUGAUAUAAAAAGAUCUCCAAAUGCACAAUUAGUUCAAGAUGAUAAACAAAUUCAAACAAUACCUUCUAUGCCAAUAAUAGAAGAUACAUUUAAUGCAAAUAAUGGAUUUGAUUCAACAAAUACUUCUGUUAUUGAAGAUAAGUUAAAAAAUUAUGUAACCAAAACGUCUGAAGAACUAAUCCAGGAUCUCACAGGAAAUGAUUCAUUACAGUUACAGGAAAGUAACGACAAUUUGAAAAAUUCAAGUGAUAAAAUAUGUUUAACUCAAGAAAUAAUAUCAGAAACACCGCAAAUUAUUAUUAAUCAUAUUCAGGAUGAUUCUGUUUCAUCUCAAGAAAAUACGAAUCUUAUCAAACAAUCUCAAAAAAAAGUUAAAUUAGAACACACAAAUAAAUUAAAUAAAAUUAAAGAAAAAUUGAAUACUGCUGAAGAUAAUACAGAUGUAUAUGCUGCUUCAUCUGAAUCGUCUAAUAAAAUACAAUCACGCAUUAUUACAAAUGAAGCAUCUGAAGCCACAGUAAUUAUUGGACAAUCAACAAUAUCACAAGAGAGUUUAAUAUUGAAUGAAGAGUUGCCUUUUAAGAAACAAUACAAAGAAACAAAACUCAUGAAAGUAAUUGUUGAUAAAGAAGAAACUAUCGAAUUAAAUAAAAAAGGGAAUGUUUGCCAUACUGCUAAUCUAUCAGUAAAAGAUGAAUUAAAUCAAGUAAUGUUAGAAGAAUAUAAAAUAACAUUUUUAGAUGAAAAAAGUAAAACAAAUAAACAAAUACCAACUCAGUCUUAUAAGCAAUUUAUAUCUGCAUCAAGUAAUAUUAUCAAUGAUCCUAGUCAAUCUGCAAAAUUUGAGAAUUUACAAAAAACUACAAAGUCUUUUUCUUAUGAAUCUCUCAAGACAGAUCAAAAUACUUUAAUUGAAGAAGUUUCGACUCAAAUUUAUAAAGAUUCAAAACAGAAAGAAUCUUUCCAGUCUCACAAAAAUUUAAGUGGUAUAAAUACAAAUUCUCCUACUCAGUCGUUUAAGGAAAUUAUGACACUGAACGAUAAAACAUCAAUAAAUAAGUGUAUAGAUGAUUCAAAUUUCUCUAAUCAAAAUUUUAAUAUUGAAAAAAUUGAGAAUUAUGUAGGAAAUAUGAAAACUGAGACUAACAUUGGUCAAGAAUGUAUUAGUCCUUCACAAUCCAAUGAUAUUUGUGUUGAUGGAAUUGGUACAUCUUCAACAUCUAUAAAUAAUUUAGUUCUUAAUGAAGAUGAAACUGCUAGCUCAUCUUAUGUACCAGAAACUCCUGAAAAUCAAGAAAGAGAUCAAGAUCAAGAAAGUGCAAUUAGUACAUCAUCCUAUGAAAUACCAACAUGUGAAGAAUUAAAUAUUUCUUCUUCAAAUAUAAUACCAGAUACGUCUAUACAGUCAGAACAUUCAAGUAUUCAUAAUAAUGGUGUACCAGAAAUCCCAACUUCUUCUUAUAAUUUGAAUCCAGAUUCAAGUUCAACUCACAUAAUUGCAGUACCAACAUCAAAUUAUGAAGAUGAAAUAAUUAUUGAACAAAAUGUUUCAACAUCAUAUGAAGUACCAAUUUCAAUUGGUAGUUUGGAAAAAACAGGCUUACGAAAUUAUGUAACUGAUGGUUCAGAACACAGAAAUGAAUCAUCAAACUAUUAUCCUCAUGAGGAAGUGACAGAAAGUUACUAUGAAAGUAUGUGUAAACGAUCGAGUACGCAAUUAGAAUCGAAUUCGGAGGAAGAAGCGGCGCCUAGUUAUUAUGAGAGCAAUUCUGUAGAUGUUACAUCAGAAACUUCACAGAGUUAUUUCAAUCAGGAUGAAGUGACUCACAGUUAUGAUAAUCAUGAUAUUUCGUCAAAUUAUUAUGAUUCACAAAUUGAGAACGAAGCAAGUGCAAGCUUUUAUUCUACACAUGAACUUGAUACAUCGGCCGAAUCUACACUUCAGAAUGUUGAAACAACACAAAAUUUUUAUCAGGAGAAUAGGGAUGGACAAUUCCAUGAACAAGAAGAGGCUACCCCAACUUAUACUGACAGAUAUUCUCUUGACUAUGUUCCAAUAAAUACAGCACUUGAUAGGCAUGACUUGGUAGAUAGUUCUAUAACAGCAAAAUCUAUGGAUAGCUUUAUCAGGUUCCAAUGCAAUAUCAGGUACACUUGCAUCCACCAUUAAUGAAAACAAAUUCAAUAGUAAAUUUGCAUGUCGGCGUAAAUGAAGAAAUGCUGUAUAACAUUGUUUUCUGAAUUCAUGAUAAUGUUCGGAUC